UACUGUGUGCAGCGGAGAGGGCUGGACCUGGACCUGGACCUGCGCUCCUGGCUACUAAACCACUGCCCCCUUUCACAGAUUUAUACAAUUAUCACUAUCGGACCUGAUUUGAAGGAGCCGUAAAUUGCCUUGAAAUCGGCGUAUGUAUCCAACCGGAGGGAUAUCUGCAACCAUACAGGCCAACAGGCUACGAGCUGAAGGCAUGGGCUCCAAGGAGCAGGCUGUACACUUCUCCAACCAGGACUACGAGGCACUGAAGCAGGAAUGUUUGGAGUCCGGCUGCUUGUUUGAAGACUCCUAUUUCCCCGCUGAGCCUCCAUCCUUAGGUUUCAAGGAGCUCGCCCCCUAUUCCUCCAAAACUAAGGAUGUGGAGUGGAUGAGGCCCCCGGAACUGACCGACGAUCCUCAGUUCAUCGUGGGUGGUGCUACCAGAACUGACAUCUGUCAGGGAGCGCUGGGCGACUGCUGGCUCUUAGCAGCCAUCGGCUCUCUCACCCUGAAUGAGAAGCUUCUUCAUCGGGUUGUCCCUCAUGGCCAGUCCUUCCAAGAUGAUUAUGCCGGAAUCUUCCACUUUCAGUUCUGGCAGUUCGGCGAGUGGGUGGAUGUUGUGAUAGAUGACAGACUGCCUGUCAAAGACGGCGAGCUCAUGUUUGUCCAUUCCGCUGAGGGCAAUGAAUUCUGGAGUGCACUCCUGGAGAAGGCUUACGCUAAGCUAAAUGGCUCCUAUGAGGCUCUGUCCGGAGGAAGCACCACUGAAGGGUUCGAGGACUUCACAGGUGGUGUGUCUGAGAUGUACGAGCUCCGCAGUGCUCCUAGAGAUCUGCACAGGAUAAUUGGCAAAGCCCUGGAGAGAGGCUCUCUGCUGGGCUGCUCCAUCGAUAUCACCAGUGCCUUCGACAUGGAGGCUGUUACAUUCAAGAAGCUUGUGAAGGGCCACGCCUACUCUGUCACUGGACUGAAGGAGGUUGAUUUCCGCGGCAACAUGGAACGCCUAAUCCGAAUACGUAACCCUUGGGGUCAGGUGGAGUGGACUGGUGCCUGGAGUGACAAUUCUCCUGAAUGGGAUGAGAUUGACCCGUCUGAACAAGAGGACCUGCACCUGAAGAUGGAAGACGGGGAGUUUUGGAUGUCCUUCAGUGAAUUCAAGACGCAGUUUUCUCGGCUAGAGAUCUGUAACUUGACUCCUGAUGCCUUGAGUGAGGAAGGUCUCGGCUACUGGAACAACAUCAAGUUCUACGGCGCGUGGCGGAAAGGCAGCACCGCCGGAGGCUGCAGGAACAAUCCCAACACGUUUUGGAUCAACCCUCAGUACAAGAUCACGUUGCUGGAGGAGGAUGAUGACGACCCAGAGGAUGGUGAGGCGGCGUGCAGUUUUCUAGUAGCUCUCAUGCAGAAGGACCGCCGCAGAUAUCGGCGCCAUGGUCAGGACAUGCACACGAUUGGCUUUGCUCUUUAUGAGAUUCCAGAAGAGUACAGAGGCUGCCAGAAUGUCCAUUUGAAGAAAGAUUUCUUUUUGAAACAUUCAUCGUGCGCUCGCUCUGAGACCUUCAUCAACCUGCGGGAGGUGAGCACGCGGCUCCGUCUGCCCCCUGGAGAGUACCUCAUCGUCCCCUCCACCUAUGAGGCCAGUAAGGAGGCUGACUUCGUCCUCAGAGUCUUCACUGAGAAGCAAUCAGAAACAGAAGAACUGGAUGAUGAAAUCUCUGCCGAUUUAGGAGAUGAUGAUGAAAUAACUGAAGACGACAUCGAUGACUCUUUUAAGUCCAUGUUCGCCCAGCUAGCAGGAGAGGACAUGGAGAUUUCUAUUCACGAGCUUCGGACCAUUCUGAACAGAGUCAUCACCAGGCACAAAGAUCUGAAGACUGAUGGCUUCAGUAUGGAGUCAUGCAGGACCAUGGUCAACCUGAUGGACAAAGAUGGUAGUGCUCGUUUAGGGCUGGUGGAGUUCCAGAUCCUCUGGAACAAAAUCCGAAAGUGGCUGGUCAUUUUUAGAGAUUUUGACCUCGACAAGUCGGGUGCCAUGAGCUCAUAUGAGAUGCGUCUUGCUGUGGAGGCAGCAGGUUUUAAACUGAAUAACAGACUGAACCAGAUUCUGGUAGCCCGGUAUGCAGAGAACGAGAUGGUUGACUUUGACAACUUCAUCUGCUGCUUGGUCAAGCUUGAAGCCAUGUUUAGGUCUUUCCAGCAGUUUGACAAGGAGGGAUCAGGAGAGGCUGAAAUGAAUGUCACAGAGUGGCUUUACCUGACAAUGUGUGGUUGAAGAGGGCCUUCUUCGCUGGAGGGAGAUAUAGAGUAAAGGCACAGUGCCUGCAAAUUGCGAACCCGGGGAACUGAUGAUCCAUCAACCUUAGCGACCUUUAACACAUCACACCUCAGCGUACGUAAAAUACAAAUAUAGCUGUAUAAUAUUAAGCAAAGUCCAAUCAAGCCAAGUGUCUCCCGGACAAAUUUUAGAAAACUAUGCAAACCUGCAGUAGGAAAUAGUCAGUGUGCCACAUUGAUCUGUCAUCUCUGUAAAAACAGCAUGUCUCUGACUCUGUGCAUGACAAAAAUCACUAGCUAUAAUGUGCCUUGUUGCAAUUUGAUUCACUAACAAUUUCACUGUUCUCAUUAUUUCAAACUCACUAAAAGCUGUUCUGCCAAGGAACACAUAGAAGAAAUCUGAAGAAGCCUGUUACUGUAAUGAUGCUUUACAAUGUGAUGUUUUAUAGUUUCUCUGCACUCAUGUUUCCACUUUGUCCUAAUUUUAGAGCAGAACGAUUAAUAAGAUUGAACACCUCAGUGUUGAGUUGGUAGUUCCAUGAUUUUACCUGUAGAUGGCAGUACAGAUCUAAUGUAAAGUUUAGCCUGUUAAUAUAUUACACAACUAUUUUUCUUUAGUUGAAGUUGAAAUUUAGCAUCUGAACUUUGUUUAGCUUUACUUGUUUUUAUUUUGCACUGAGGAUUUAGUUUUAGGAAGAUGCUACUGAAGUUGCCUCACAUUUGUGAGAAGUACUAUAUUUCAGUCCACUCAAGUAACAUUUACAGGGAUCACAUGAUACUUAAUGCCUUAUAAAUCACACUAUGAUUUUAUAAACAGCGAUUAAAAGUAUGCUCGUUAUGCGUUUUGUGUCGUAAAUGUAUGUUGUGCCUUCAAUAAAAUAUUACCCUGACGGUUCAUACUUUCCCAGUUUGUUCAUUGUAUUCAUAACAUGAGUUUGACCCACAUUUGGCUGCUCAAACUUCCCCAGAAGCUGAUAUGCUAUGCCUUUUAAGCUAAAGGUUAUAUUUAUUGUAAGCACAGAGAGGCCUCCGUGAAAUGCCAAGCAUGUCGACAAAGGCUCGAGCUCGUUACAUACAUUGACAACAGAAUACUGUAGAGACAAUUGUGGCUGGGUGUAUGCUCCCUUUAUUGAAAACAUACAAUCGUAAAAUGUUCAUA